CCGCUUCCGCCUCGCGCAAAUAAACAGUUCGUUCGUGGAUUUGCCAAAAGUAUUUCAAUAUGAGUGCAACGCAAGGCAGUUCCAAGAAGGAACAAACUCCAGAUGAGCUUGUGCUCGUUACUGAUCCUAAGCUUGUCACCAAAGCUACGGAACUCCUCGAGCCGCUACCCAGUCAAUCUGUCGAUCGCAAUUUGGAUAACGUGCUGGAUGCAGUCAAAACGGUUGACAACACCUGCGACUUCAAACGAUGCAAACAAAAGACCAACCUGAUGGGAUCGGACUGCGAGUUUUGUAAACAACGAUUCUGCUUUAAACACGGACUUCCGGAGAUCCAUGGCUGCGGCGACGCGGUCAAACGACAAGAACGAGAAGUUUUCAUGCAUCCCUUACCAGCCAAAACCGUACAGGCUCAGGAAGAUUUGAAGAAAGCGCAAACUCGACUGGAACAAAAACUGAAGCAGAUGAACAUGUCCAGAAAAGCGAAACCUUCUGGCGGCGGUACUUCCGGAGUAGGCAGUAAACGGAAGGGAAAGUCGUAAAACCUUGAAUCGCUGUUUUAUUUAUUUUUUUUUAUUGAAAUACUUGCUGUGAGACAUCAAAUAUAUGAUAAUUGUAUAAUCUAAA